GAUACUUGUCCGAUACUACAACAGCAGCAGGAACAUAGCCCGAGCUGUCGACAUUGGCUCAGACCCGUACUCCGUAGUCUGCAAAGUAUCCCCUCCUCUGAUACACUGUGGUUUUCAUGUGCCUAUCAUAGCAGAGUCUACUUGGCGGAGGAACCUUGGCACGCCCAGGCACGCCUUCGCGCCAUUUCGCGCACCGAGCAUGGCAGCCGAAGCAGACUCCGUGACGCUGACGAGCCAAGAUCGCAUAGAUGAGCACGAUGGCAGUGCUCAGCAGCAGCCAGCGGCGAAACGGCGUCGUCUUAGCGACUGGGCCAGUCCGAGCCACAUCUGCGGCGGACAUGUCCCCGUGGAUGACCUUCCCUCCGAGCUUCGCAGCCGCAUUGCGGAUUUCCUGACGCCGAACGAGGUGGCUUGCACGCUGCGCCUUGUCAGCUCCGCCUGGGCGUCCCAGUUCCGCGGCCAUGUCAACGUGCGGCUGUCGCAGCCAGUGCCGCACCACGCCUUCCGACACCGCUUCGGCAGCUGGGCCGCCGUGCGCUCGCUGUCUCUGGCGAAGCGCCAGAAGCUGCUGGCUUUGACGGCGGUCAGCGGCAGUGUGGAAAACCUGCGCGUGAUCGCUGGCGGCCCUGGUGUGGUCGCUGCGGUGGGCUCGGCGGGCUGUGCCCUGACGCCUGAGGUCUUGACGGCCGCUGCGGCUGCGGGUCAGCUGGGCGUCUGCAAGGAGCUUGUCAACCUGGGAUGCCCGUGGGAGCCCACAGCUGUGGAGGCAGCGGCGCGCAGGGGCGACCGGCGGCUCAUGCUGGCGCUCAGCCGCAGUGGCUGCGGGUGGGACGCGCCGUGGGCUGUGGCCGCCGCGGCGGCGGGCGGGCAUGAGGGCCUGGUGCGGGAACUGUUGACGCUGGCGGAGACCACUGAUCACAACAAGUUUCAGCCCAAGUGGCGGGACUGGGAGGAGGAGGAGGAGGAGGAGGAGGAGGAGGAGGAGGAAGAGGAGGAGGACUGGGAUGAGGAGGAGGUGGAGCAGCAGCAGGAGGGGGAGGAGGAGGAGGAGGAACAGGAGGAGCAGCAGGAGGAGGAGCAGGAGGUCGGGGCGGCAAGGGACUCGGGCGCACGCGCACACGGAGAUGCCGCAGCGCCACCGGAGCCUGCAUUCGACCCUGAGGCGGACCCGGUUGCAAUGGCAGCUGGGGUAGGCGCCGCCGAGUUUGCGGUCCUUCCCAAGAUCCCAGGAAUCAGGGAGCGCGAGGUCGAGGUCAUCUGCCUGUCCGCCGCCUUCGGCUUGCGACUCCGUGGCAUGGCGGAGUUGGUUGUGCGCUCAACCGCGCUCAAUAGCGCCAGCCAUAACCGUAUCGUGGCAGUGGUGGCGGCCGCCCUGCUGAGUGACACGCCCGACUGGUGUGCCAAGGCCGAGUGGCUGCACGCCCGUUGGCUGGAAGGCCAAAAUGAGGCGAGGAUGCGGUUGCCCAAGCUGGAGUGGCCGGACGUGGAGGAGGUCCGGGUCGGCCUGCCAACAGGGCAGGGGAUGCCCGUGCCGCUGCUCUCCGCGGCGACGCUGCUGGAGCGUAUGACCUGGGCGCGCAGCAAGGGCUACCAAGUCAGGCUGCCGCCGGCGGACUGGCUGCCGCUUGAGGAUGCUGACGGCAUGCAUGCCCUCUGGUCCUGGGCGGCAGGCGAGCCUACAGCAGCAGCGGCGGCAGCAGCAGCAGUGGCGGCAGCAGCAACAACAGCAAGAGCGGCGCCGAAAUGGCUGCAGGAAGCCUCAACCAAGCUGCUGCAAGCGGUUGCGGCCGGCGGCCACCUGGCAACCCUUCAGGCGCUGGCGACGCACGCGGCAGGCGGGCAGCAGCCGCAGACGGCGGCUGGGGCCACGGCCGCCGGCGGGAGCGAGGGCGCGCGGCCGCCGGGCGCGACGCCAGGAGCUUAUGGCAGCGACAGCGACGCCGCAGCAGCUCGCAGCAGCGGAGCGCCUGCAGAGGCUGCAGCGGGCGCCACCACCGCCGCCGCCACUGCACCUAACGAUCUGCAGGGGCCGCCAGCGGCGGCGCCGCCGCCGCCGGUAUGGGUGGAGGGCGCCGCCAGGGCCGCGGCGGAGCACGGGCAAGUGUGCGUGCUGCGCUGGUUGGUGGCAACCUACGGCGCCGCCGCCUGCCUGAGGGAGUCACUCUGGACUGCGGCGGCCAAGGGCGGCUUGCCGGUGCUGCAGGCCCUGCAUGGGCUCGGCUGCCCCGGGGCUCUGUCGCCUUCGCUGCUGGAGGCGGCGGUGCGGGCGUCGUCGGAGGGGAACGGGCUUCAGCUUUUCGAGUGGUUCGUGCAGCACGGGUGCACGGUGCCCGUUGGCAGCGGUAGAUUCGCCAUGGCGAAGGCAGCGGUGGAGUCAGGCAGCGUGGGGCUGCUGGGCCGGCUGCAUCAGGAGCGCAGGCGCGGCCUGUGGUCGCACCGGUGGUCGGACGUGUGGGAACCGGCGGUGCGGCUGGGGCAUGUGGAGGUGGCGGAGUGGCUGCGGCUGCAGGGCUGCCCCUACCCGCAGCGCUUGCUCAAUGAUAUGGAGGAGGAGUUGGGCCGCGACGGAGGCACGCAGCCCACAUGUGAGCUUUACGGUAUCGCCAUCGCCAACGGAGAUCUGGGCAUGCUGCAGACGCUGUGGCUGGCGGAAAACAGCGACUCAAUGUACUGGUAUUGCCGGCGGAGGGAGAAGCACAACGCGUUUUGCUACGCCCUGCGCAGGGCCGCGUGUGUGGCGCUUGUGCCGAGCCUGCCCCUGAUCAGUUUCGUAGUCUGGGCGACAGCCGACAAGGCGAACGAGGGCUCGGACAGGGAUGCAGGGCUGUGGAGUGCGUGGGAGGGCCUGGAGGGCGCUCUGAGUGAGGGGUGGAUGGAGCGGCAGCGGCUGAGGGGCAUUUCUUGGGGCUUGUUUGACCUCUGGUCUCUCGAGCUGCAAGCGUUGUUGAAGGAGCGGCGAGGGCUGGUGUCAGCGCGGAGCGGGAUGGCAAUGGAGAGCAGCUUCGACUUCCUGAUCGACAACGAGCGUGAUCGGGCGAGCUUUCGCAAAAGUUUGGCGGCGGCUGAGGGGUCCAUCCAAGCGGCGGUUGAGGUACUGGAGGCGCAACUGAGCCGCCUGACGAGUGCGGUGGCGCGGUGGGGCGGCGAGGUUGCGCCCGCGCAGGGUGGUGGUGGCGAUGAGGGCGAUGAGCAAGAUGAGGGCUACGAAGGCGGUGAGGGCGAUGAGCAAGAUGAGGGCGACAAAGGCGAUGAGGAAGAUGAGGAAGAUGAGGAGGGGGAUGACGAUUAAGUGGGCCUGAGCUGGAGCCUUGGAGGUGGGGCUCGGUGGAGGGUGGAGGGAGCGCGGGUGCAGGACAUGGAAGCGAGGUGGGUGGCUAUGGCGGCCGGAUGAGGUGCUAGGCAGUCAUCGGUGGGGUCAGAUGUGUGGUGGUGGCGCCUUACCUGACGUCCGUAGGGUGUGCACUGCGCAAGGAGCAACUCGGAGCUUUCGAAGGGUUUCGAGCAGCAGGGCUAGAGCCCCGAUGGAAGGGAGGGGCGGGCAUUCGGGGCCAACGCACCUAAUCACCUAGGCUGACGGGCUAGCAGUUGACGUAGUUGGAAUUGAGUAGUACAGUCGAACACGCCUAACUUCGUUGCACAAAGUGAGUUACGGCAGGGUUUCGGCGUUAUAAAGGCCCACCGGCCCAGCCCACUGGUACCUACGGGGACAGGAUAGCACGCAUGCUCGUGCACACCAUCUUGUAACCAACAACAACAAAAGAUGUGUGGGGUUUGUGGCGUCGCGGCCAGCGACUAGGAUGCAAACAUGAUGUACAAGAGCCAUGCAAGGGGCGAGGGUGCAAGGGGAAGGGUGCAGCAUAUGGGUCGAGAAGCGGGCAUUGGCUGUGGGGGCUGGGAUGGAGGUUGGGCCCGGUGGAGGGUGGAGGGAAUGGCAGAAGGAAGCGAGAGGGAGCCAGGCAAGGCUUGAUGCAGGGCAGCAGGUGACGGAUAGGUGGUGGGGACAGACGUAUGGCGUUGGUACGGCUGUCGACAUGGGCGCAGCUGCAUGCCAUGAAGUACCGUAAUGGAAGGGCGCAAGGGCAGGCGAGGGGAAUGAACGCCACGACCUCAGAGCAGUGCAUGGUGCGGGCGCACUGGUCGUGCUGCUAUGGUACGGUCGCGCUGCUGCAAUGCCGUGGGCAGGGGCACUAGGCACAGGCAGGUGCAUGGGAUAAGAACUGGCACGCUUUGGCUGGUGAAUGCAGAACCUUGAGUCAUACUGGUAUAGCGGGAGUGCCGUAUCAUUUCAUAUACUUUUGUUGGGACAGUUGAAAGGAGGCCGCAUGUCUACCUGCUAGCUUCCGAACGGUCUAAGCUUGAAGAGUGGGCUGUGUGUUGGUGCCGUUUGUUGCUUCCCUGAUGUGUUCAGUGAAGUAUAACUUCAAGCAUGCCAUGUGUGCCCGCGUCUGCAGAGUGCAGAUGUCGCAGUGGCGUUGGUAAAAGGAGAAAGAGCAUUUGUCGGUGGCCAGUCCAGCGUUAUGUAUGGAUGUGGCGUCGAACUACACGUUCCAACCACAGCGGACCCAGGGGUGACCUUGAGCGGACCUCUGCGAACCCGACCGCUGCCGGCUGCGCGCAUGCACUCCCUUCCACUCUCAGCAGAGUCAGCACCCGAAGGCCCCGCGUGCGGCUCUGAGUCUCUGAGACAUGCACCCGCUGUCAAAGCAUGCGUCUACUAGCUGCGGGCCAGCACACUGCGUCUGCCGGGGCGCGGCCGUUAGCGACAAGCUGACGGGGUGUAAUUCAGUCAUGGC